AUGAUAGAAAUUGGCGGCUCAAGAUAUUUAACAUAGAUUUAAAUUUUUAAAAUCUUUGGAUUGCUUUAAAAGAAUAGACCUCAUUUAGAAAUAUUUAAAGAUGAUAUAUAUUAAAGGCUAUUCGAAUUUAGUAUUAACAACAAUUCAAAUAAUGUAAAGAGCUUAAGUAUAAGUGCUUUUGAUAGAAAUGAAAAUAUUUAAAAAAAAAUAGAGGUCUUUACUGAAAAAUCAAAUAAUCAUUGCUUAAAAAAGCUAAUAAACAUUAUUAAAUUAUCCAAAAAUUUAUUUAGAUCAGAUUUUGUUUUAUAAAUUUUGAAUUCCUACUUUUUGGAUGAUGAAUAAUUAUUUUAUGCCAUAGAAUACGAGUUUUUUGAUUAUUCAACUGAUUAGAUAAACCAAAUAUCUUAAUAAAAUACUCCCACAAUAAACUAAAAUAUUUAAUUGAGGGAUUAUCUAUAUAAAAUAUUUGAGAAUCACGUACAAAUUAUCAAUCCAACCAUGUAGACAAGUCAUGUAUAAUAUUGGUUUGAAAAAUAGGCUUACAGUUUUGUCUUCUAAAAACAACCAAAUUAACAUUUUAAAGUAAAAAUAAACAUAAUUGGUUUUGAUUUACUUGAUGAAAAUUACUUUGUGAGCUCAAAGAUAAAUAAAAAUCAAAUUAUGGAUUGGCCAAUAUAUUUUUAAAAAUAAGAACUUGACUUUGAAAUAAAACAAGAAAAUUUACUCAACGAAAUUAAAAAAUAUAAACCAAUUAUCUAUGAAUAGCAUAAAGAAAUAUUUUAGUAAAUUAUCUAAGAAAAAAAGCAAAUAACAAUAUUUAAACCAACUAUUUUCAUGGAAGAUUAGAGUUAUUUUGCUUUUAUCGUAAGCGAGGGUGAUGAGAAAUAUCAAUUAGUUGUUGAAUACUAUCAAAAUGAAUAAGAAGCUUAAUUAAACUAUGAAAAAAUUAACUAAUAAAUAAAUUUGUUGAGCAAUUUUUAAAUCGAAUCAGCCAUCAAGAAACUUAUUUUAAUUCAUAAUAAAUAAGGAAUUUACAUAGUAAAAUAUUUAAAUGAUUAAAUUUAUAAUUUUGAUUAUUAAGAUUUUCAAUUACUCAGUGAAUUUAUUCACAAACCAAUUUUGACCUAAGAUGAUUAGUUUGAAGUUAACUUUCAAUAAGAGCAAAAUAAAGUUGAAUUUUAUUUAAAAUUAAUUAAGAAAUUACUAAAUUAUUCCAAAGAUCUAAUUGAAAUUGGAAUUCACCCAACAAAUGUAAAGCUAACUGAAACUACCUCAAUUAUAGUUAAGGAUGCUUACGAGUCUUCUAAGUUUAAUAAUAACCCUUAAUCAUAUUAAAUAAUGAGUGAGCUCUAUUCAUAAUUAAUCAUUGAAUACUUACAUAAAACACUGAAGAUAAAACAAAUGAAUGGUAAAUUGAAAAAUUUAACAUUUACUUUAUCAGAAAAGAACAUAGGUAAUUAUUGCCUAUAAAAUUCUUUUAAUUUGUUUAAAAUUAUGGAUGUGAUAUAAUUUUUGAAAGAAAACUAAAACAUUGAAUUUUGUUAACAAACUAUCUUAAAUUUAAUGGAAAAAAUGUUUUGUUCUAUUUAACCAGUUUUUUAAUCACAGGGAAAUGAAAUUUCUGAGAUGGUAAGACAACUUUUAUUUGAUAAAUUUUUCCAUCUAAAUGAAAAUGGCUUGAGUAUUUAAAAAAUAGAGUGUAUUAAAUAAAUAGUUUUUGAAUAAACAAAAGACAUCAACUUAUAAUAUUUAAACCAACUGGAAAACGUAAGUCAGUCUUCCAGAAUUUGUUUAGAUUGUGCUGAUAACCUUUAAAGUUGGAUAGGGAGAAAAGAUUAGCUUGUUUAAAUAAUUGAAAGAUACUAUGAUGAAAUUCUUUCAAAAGAAAUAGGAGAAGUAUUCAAUAAUAAUGCAUGUAUUUGCUAUAAAAAUGUUAAAAUUCAAAAUUAUUUGACUAGAAUUUUACCAAACUUAAAGAAAAUCGAAUAUUGCAUCACCAAAAAUUACACAUGUUAAACAAUUUAAAAAGAGUUAAUUUAAUAAGUUGAUUUUUUCGAUCUUAAAAAUAAGAAAUAAGUGGUUGAAAUUUAAAUUUACAUGCAUGAAAAGUAGGUUUCAAUGCUAUUCAACUAGCUUAAAAAUAAUGGUUAAAAUAUAAAUACAUUAAGACUAGGAUUUUGCAAAGAUUUAUAUGAUUUCUAAAAUCCACCUAAACAAUAUUUAUUUUAUAAAUUAAAAUAUCUUGUAACUUAUUAAUAAUUAUGA